AUGCGAAAAUUUCUUUUCUUAUGCCUCGCAGGAUCCUCCCUGGCCACUGUUACCACCCAGAGCUCUUACCCAAGUCGAGGAAUUCUGACCGAUACCAGGAGCUUAGACGAAAUAUAUGCCGCAGCAAGCACCGAAUCUGGGGAAUUAACUGUUCUUUGGGGUGGAGAUGCCCCAAGCCAAGCCUCUGGUGUUGUCAGUGCGUGGAAGGCCAAGUUUCCGAAUAUCCCGCUCAACUUGACGGUGGAUGUGUCCAAGUAUCAUGACAGCCGUGUAGACCGCGAAUUCCAAAAGUCUGGGUCUGACGGGGCAGACAUUGCAAUACUCCAAACCGUGCAUGACUUCGACCGCUGGAAGAGAGCCGGGAGAUUGCUGUCAUAUAAACCUGCUGGGUGGGAUAAUAUAUACUCUUCUAUAAAAGACCCUAGCGGAGCGUACACUCCCCUCUUUAUAAAUGGGUUCGGAAACAUCAUAUACAAUACAGAAAGGCUGCAAGAAUCACAAGUCCCUUCUCGCUACGAUGCUUUUGUUGACCCGUUCUGGAAGGGUAAGCUGGCCCUGACGUAUCCAAACGAUGACGAUGCAAUUGCCUUUCUCUUUGUGCAAAUUAUCGAGAAAUACGGAUGGGACUGGCUCGAAUCGCUGGCACAGCAGGAUAUUCAAUGGGUCCGCGGUACGCAGACUCCGGGCGACAUCCUGUCAUAUUCAAACUCAACCCGCAGUAUUACCUUCACAACCAGUCGCACUAGCCAAAAUACGGCCAUCAAGAUUCCGGAAGAUGGUCGGAUGAGCUGGCCGCAGUCCGGUGCCAUAUUUGCAACAAGCCAACACCGAGAGAGUGCCAAGCUCUUCAUGAGCUGGCUGCUCAGUGAUGAGGCCCAGAAGACAUUUAGUCGGCAAUAUUCUGUGAGAAAGGACUUGGGGACUCCGGGUAACAAUACUGUUUGGGACGAUCCGACAACUGGAGUAACACAAUUUUCCAAUUUCAUGUCUAAUCGUGAACUCGUCGAAUGGUGGAAGCUCCAAUUUGAAACUACUUUGGGAACACCGCAGGGUGUAGACCCUGUCAAAACAUACUAG